AGUGCUGGAAUAUUGCAGACAGUUUCCAGUUUCAAGAGGAAUGUCCUUUUUUUAGAAAUAUAUCCAUACAGUAGCUAUGUUGUUUUUUUAAUCAUGUAUCAGCUAAUUUGUAUUCUUGUACUUGUUUGUUGUUUUAAUGUAGUCCUUUCUUUUUGCCCGUCUCAGUGUACAUGUAUAUACCACGGCAGAAGCGAUGGAACUGGAACUAGAUCUGUGUUGUGUAAUGACCCGGAUAUGUCCGACAUCCCUGUCAAUGUUCCAGUGGACACUGUUAAACUCCGCAUUGAAAAAACAGUGAUCCGUAGGAUUCCUACUGAAGCAUUCUACUACCUUGUGGACUUGAAAUAUUUGUGGGUGACUUACAAUUCCAUCUCAACUAUUGAUUCAAGUAGCUUUUACAACCUAAAACUCCUCCAUGAACUCCGGCUGGAUGGAAAUCAGAUUUCCACUUUUCCCUGGGAGUCCCUGCAAGAAAUGCCGAAUCUCCGAACUCUGGAUUUGCACAACAACAGGCUGUCCACUAUCCCAGCUGAUGCAGCCCAGUACCUUUGGAACAUAACUUAUUUAGACAUUUCCAGCAAUAAACUGACCACAUUGCCAUCGGAUUUAAUAGACAUCUGGCCUCCCUUUUCUGGUGCCAAAAGUGCCAGCACACCUCAACGAGUGAUACUAGGUUUGCAAGACAAUCCAUGGUUCUGUGACUGCAGAAUCUCCAAAGUGAUUGAGCUCUCCAAGACAUUCGAAACAUCUGUCGUGCUUCUUGAUCCACUUCUCAUCUGUAGUGGGCCUGAGAACCUGUCUGGAGUUCUGUUCCAGAGAGCUGAGCUGGAACAGUGCCUCAAGCCUUCUGUGAUGACCUCAGCUACCAAGAUUACCUCACCCCUAGGGAGUAAUGUUCUUCUGCGCUGUGAUGCCACAGGUUAUCCCACGCCAGUUUUAAUGUGGACCAGAUCUGAUGAAUCACCAGUUAACAAUACAGCAUGCUGCCGACAAGUAGAUAGGUCCUCAAAGUCUGAGAAACUUCCAAGAACAUUAAACAACUUUGUCCAGGAGUCCCCAGGGGAAGGGAUCCGGUGGUCCAUUAUAAGCUUAAAUGGAAUUUUAUACAAAGAUGCGGGUGAAUACCGCUGCAAAGCUAAAAACCUAGCUGGGAUGGCAGAGGCGUCCAUCACUUUGACAGUGGUGGGAGUGGUCACAACAACGGUGUCUCCAUUGAAAUUCCCAAAGAAACCAAGCGAUGAGCAAAGUCCCACCAACCAGACCCAGACAGAACCUGUUAUGGUCACGACCAUUGCUUUGACAACCCCGUUUUCUACAACCCCUGCUCCCACAAUGCAGAGCACUACACCAAGAAAGAAGUUACAACCAAACAGUCAGCAGAAGUUAAUCCAGGGAGGGGAAGUGACUGGGAAGGGCCAGCCAGCGAAUAAUAAUAAUAAAACGCCACAGCAGGUGGAGAAAAAACAAAGAACGGGAAGUAAUCCAGUGAACACAACAUCCAGUGCUCUACGGAAACUUGCAGUGAAAAAUGUACAAGUUGUAGAUCAAAGCACAGAGAGCGCAGUACUGACUUGGAAGGCAGAUGAGGCCCAAAGAGAUCUUCCUGUCAAAGUGAUUUAUUCACCAUUCGGAGAAAAGGAGAAACAAUCAGUUAGUACUGAACUGGGGAAAAGUCAAAUCAUCCUGGAUGGAUUGAGACCUAAUACAAAAUACAUGGCUUGCUUUAUACCUAAGGGGAAUCCACCGCAGAAGGACCAAUGUGUCACAUUUUCCACAUUGGAGACUGUCAAUGCGGAUGGCCAGGAUCACUUGCUUAUAAUUGUGAGCAGCAUCGCGUGUGUUGUGGCGUUACCUCUUAUAAUCCUGCUGCUAUACAAGGUUUUGAAGCUCUACUGUAAAAAAGGGCCUGCUCCUGGGGGUGAAGACCCUUCCAAGGAAAUGUAUGUGAAGUUUGAGACCUUGUCUCUAAAACAGAGAACCAUGGGUCCAAGCACAGACCUGUGGACACGCAGGCACACAGCAGAAUCUGAAAGAAUGCUCCUUUGCUCUAGGUCAAGCAUUGACUCCCAAAUGACUUUCAAAAGUGACAGUUCCAGAUCAGAAUACUUGUGCUAGGUUCUGUCACUGGUGCAAAUGGAUGAGAAACAUAUAAGGAAAAAUGCUGAAAAAAGACUUCUAAGGUAUGGCUGCAAACAAUCUUAAAAAUCUUGGUAACAAUGUCUUUUAUGACCAUCAUCUAUGACCCAUUUGCUUUUGCUUAUGUGCUUUUGGUUUAAGAUAAACAAAAUUAUUCUGUGUAGGUUAUCUUGGGUUUCUUCAUGACACAGCCUUAAAUAUUUAUUUUAAAAAAAUCUCUUCAAAACAGAACAAGAUGUUUAAGUUUGCUCAAUGGAUUUCUUUUAAAGGAACA